GAAGACGCGGCGGGUCGGGGCUUUGGGGAGGGCGUGCUGCUCCAGGGCGCGGGUCAUGGGUCCCGGCGGGGACGGAGGGGGCCACGCGGCGGCGCGCGGGGAUCGGAAGGCCCGGAAGCCCCUGGUGGAGAGGAGGCGGCGCGCGCGCAUCAACGAGGCUCUGCGGGAGCUGCGGCUGCUGCUGGCCGGCCAGGCCAAGCUGGAGAACGCCGAGGUGCUGGAGCUGACGGUGCGGCGUGUGCAGGGCGUGCUGCGGGGCCGGGCACGCGAGCGGGAGCAGCUGCAGGCCGAAGCCAGCGAGCGCUUCGCCGCCGGCUACAUCCAGUGCAUGCACGAAGUGCAUACGUUCGUGUCCACGUGCCAAGCCAUCGACGCCACCGUCGCGGCAGAGCUGCUGAACCACCUGCUGGAGUCCAUGCCCCUGCAUGAGGGCAGCGGCCUCCAUGACCUGCUGGGGGACACCCUGGCACGACCCGCUGGGGGAGCCGUUCCUGGGCACAGGGGCUGGCCCCCUGGAGGGGCCCAGAGUUCCCCGCUGCCCAGUCCCCCGGGCCCUGUAGACGACUUGUCCUCUGACCUGGAGGAGGCCCCAGAGGCUGAACUGAGCCAGGGACCUGCUGAGGGCCUGGACUUGGUGCCUGCAUCCCUGGGCAGCCUGACUGAAGCCCAUCUGGCCCAUAGCGUCUGGAGGCCGUGGUGACAAGAGCUUGUGAUCUGCGGGGUGGACCAGCCUCCCCUCCUCCCUGGGAUCCUCCAAUGGAAGCUGAAAGGGGGUUGUUCCCAGGGGACCUCCUCCACCCUGUGUCUUGAAGGCAUAUCUCUGCCUCUGGAGGGUGGAGUAAGGGAGCUGGGUUGGAGGGAGAUCCUUUCCGAGCACUGGGACGCUCUGGGACUUACUGUGGGGCCAGGCAAGUCACUUCAGGGGUGUAGGGCCUCUCCCCUAAACAGACACAGCAGUCCUGGGUGGCACAACCUUGACCUAAGUGGAAGCUGGACAAGGCUUCAGGGCUGCAGGCUGGUAAAGCAAGGCUGUGCUAUGUGUGUGGUGGCUGCUGGGCACAUCUGGUCUGUGCCAGCUACCUGCAGGUGAUUUUGUUUAUUAAAUAAAAGACUUUGGAGUAUUA